CCACCAGGCCACCCACCGGCCAACAAACGCAAGAAAACCAUCUUCGACGAUUUGGACUCCGACGACAACGAGGACACGACCGCCCCGGCGAACAAGAAACCCAGCGCCAUUGAAAUCACCACCCUCGGCGGCCUCGACGAUACUACCCCAUCGCAACCCACCGACACAGACCCGCGUCCCCUCAAACGCAAACCCCAACUCACCGACCCCAAACCGCCAAAAACACUAAAACCCCUCUCCAAAACCUCCAUCUUCGCCAACGACUCCGACUCCGACUCCUCCACCCCCCAGACCACCUACGGCCUCACCAAGCCCACCUCUCAACCACCCAAAGACCAAAACGAAUACACCAACCUCGCCGCCCUGCACAGCAGCCGCCAACACCAAACCCACGCCGCAUCCCUCGACCCAAGCAUCUACUCCUACGACAGCAUCUACGACACCCUACACGCCAAACCUACCCCCAAAAACCCCGAAAACCCCGAUGAUGCGUCCGCCGGGACCGUCCCCAAAUACAUGACGGCCCUCCUCCGCAGCGCCGAGAUCCGCAAACGGGACCAGCUGCGCGCGCGGGACCGGCAGCUCGCCAAGGAGCGCGAGGCCGAGGGGGAUGAGUUCGCCGACAAGGAGAAGUUCGUGACGGCCGCGUACAAGGCGCAGCAGGCGGAGAUGCGGCGGAUCGAGGCGGAGGAGGCCGCGCGCGAGGCGCGGGAGGAGGAGGACCGCCGGAAGAAUGGCGGGAAGGGGAUGGUGGGGUUCUAUCGCGAGAUGCUGGCGCGCGGGGAGGAGCAGCAUGCUGCUGUUGUUAGGGCUGCGGAGGCGGCGGCUGAGAAUGUUACCGGGGUGGAGGGGGCUGCAAGGGAGGGUGAGAAGAGUGGGGAGGAGAAGGACAAGGACAAGUCGGAGGCGCAGGUGGCGGCCGAGUUGAAUGCCCGCGGCGCGCACAUUGCCGUCAAUGACGACGGGCAGGUCGUGGAUAAGAGGCAGCUGUUGUCGGCGGGGUUGAAUGUCGCGCCGAAGCCGAAGGUGGCGCCGCAGGGUGAUCGGAAGGCUGGGGAGAGAGUGGCUGGAGCGUCGACGGCGAGGUUCGGCGCGAAUAGAGGCGCGGAUCGCGGCGGCCAGCGCGCCAGGCAGACGGAGAUGAUCGCCUCGCAGUUGGAGGAGCGGGCGCGGCAGGAAGAGGAGGCCGAGGCGGCGCGGCAGAAGGAGAUCGCCGAACGCAGUCGGAGCCUGAAGACUCAGGGCGAUGUCUCGAGUGCCAGGGAGAGAUAUCUGGCCCGGAAGAAGGAGCGCGAGGCGGCGGCU